UAAUUUUAUAGCUGUAUCAUCCGCUAAUUUUGUUUUGUAGCGUUAAUCGUGAUGCUGGGACAAGUUUUUGUUAAACGGUUCUUCCAAACGGCUGUCCGAUUUCGCAACUCCCCAUCUGACCAGAGCUAUGUGCACUGCAUCAGUCCAAGGCCGCUGCUGUACCGUACCAUCGGUCAGCACCUCCGACUGGCCGCCGAAAGGUACCCCAACCGGGAGGCCCUAGUGUCCUGCCAUGAGGCCCGGCGGUUGACUUUCUCCGAUGUGCUGGAAAGGGCAGAUCGCUUGGCGGCGGGACUGCAACAGCUGGGGCUGAAAAGUGGGGAUCGCGUUGGAAUUUGGGCCCACAAUAGUUCCACCAGCUAUUUAACCAGUCUUGCGGUGGCCCGAGCCGGAAUGAUCUUGGUUGGAAUCAAUCCAGCGCUGAAGGCACGUGAGUUGCGGCAUGUUUUGAAAACAGUUGACGCAAAGGCGUUGAUCGCGGGAGAUUCCUUCUUUGAAACGAUCAAAGAGGUGGUGCCGGAACUGCUGGCAAGUUCACCUGGAUAUGUUCAAUCGGCGCGUGUUCCCUCGCUGACGCUGGUGGUUGUAGAUUCUGCAGGAGAACGAUUUCCGGGAACGUUCAACUUUCAAGAGUUGUUUCAAUUUUGUACCGAGCAAGACGUAUCGAAGAUCGAAGCCCUCCAAUCAUCUAUAUCUCCCGACAGUGCACAGUGUGGAGCGUGUUUGCUGUUCACAUCCGGAACAACCGGAAAACCGAAAGCCGCACUUCUGUCGCACUUUUCGAUAAUCAAUAACGCGUCUAUCACGUCUUAUAGAAAUGAACUGGACAGUACAAAUCACCGGAUUUGUGUUCAGGUAUCGCUCUCGCAUGCGUUCGGGCUGAUUGACGGAAUUAUUGGUUCAAUGGAUUACGGAUCAACGAUGGUACUACCGGGGGCCAAGUUUAACGCGCGCAGUUCUGUGCAAGCGAUCUUGCAAGAAAAGUGUACCGCAAUCUACGGAACUCCCACGAUGUACGUGGAUCUACUGGAAGAGUUACGACUUCAACGCACCAGGUUGCCACCUGUUGAAGUGGCUGUCGUUGGAGGAUCACCCUGUUCUGCUCAGCUCAUGCUAGACAUUCAUCAACAGUUAGGAGUGAAACACGUUCGUUCUGGCUACGGUAUGACAGAGCUGGCCAGCAGUUCCUUCGUCAGCGAUCGCGGGGAUCCAGUAGAGGCAGCGUUGGACUCCGUGGGUAAGAUCAUCGAUCACUGCGAAGCAAAGGUCGUAGAUCAAAAUGGACGCACGGUUCCGUUCGGAACUCCUGGAGAAUUGUGGUUCCGGGGGUUUGGAACUAUGUUGGGAUUUUGGGGCGAUGAAGCCAAGACAAAAGAAGUACUAGGGCGAGAUGGUUGGCUUAAAACUGGAGAUCAAUUUAUCCUGAAGAAGAAUGGCUACGGUAAGAUCGUUGGAAGGAUCAAGGACAUAAUCAUACGAGGAGGCGAUAAUGUGUACCCAAAAGAGGUCGAAGAUGUGCUAGACACACAUCCGGGAAUUUUAGAGUCAUACUGCAUCGGAGUUCCAGAUGAACGGCUGGGCGAGCGUGUUUGUGCCUUUGUUAGAGUGGAGGAUACAGCGGAGGGCCGCAAGCUGGAUCUGGAUGCAAUCAAAAUGUUCUUCCACGACUCGUUGAAUAUACGCAAAUCAAUUGGAACAUCGAUCGUCCAACCGCGUGAGAGUGAGCAAAGCUAUGUGCAGCACACUCUGAGAGGACCCUUGGUGUACAGAAAUUUGGGUCAGCAGCUGCGUCUGACUACAGAACAGUUUCCAAACCAGGAAGCCAUCGUGUCGUGCUACGAAGGCAAGCGGCUCACGUACAGCGAUGUUCUGGAGAAAGUUGACCGCAUGGCAGCGGCGUUUCAUCAGCUUGGCCUUGAGAAGGGUGAUCGCGUUGGGAUUUGGGCACCGAAUGGAGUGGCCUACUAUUUGACGAUUUUCGCUGCGGCCCGAGCUGGACUAAUUUCCGUCGGCUUCAAUCCAGCACUUCAACUGCGCGAGUUAGAGUAUGCGCUUAACAAAGUUGAGCUUAAAGCUCUUGUAGCGGUGGACAGUUUCCGAUCUCAGAAUUUCAUAGCCAUGCUGCAAGAACUGUUGCCCGACCUGGAAGGAAGCUCCGCAGGUAAUUUGAACUCGUCUCGAGUAAAAUCACUCAAGUCGGUGAUCAUCGCGUCCGAAAAAAGCUAUACUGGAACAAUCUCAAUGUCGGACUUGAUCAACCUACCCACCGAGCAUUGUAUAUCAAACAUCGAAUCGACCCAACGGACAAUCAAUCCGGACAGUGGUGCAUGUCUUCUGUUCACUUCUGGUACUACCGGCCAACCAAAGGCCGCCCUGCUGUCUCACUUUGGUUUGCUGAACAAUGCAGCUCAGGGAUCGUACCGGAUGGGGUUCGAUCGUAACCAGCAGCGGAUUUGUCUCACGGUACCCAUGUUCCACGUGUUUGGACUGACUUUUGGGGCCGCUGCUUCCUUGACCUACGGUUCUACGCUAGUAGUUCCGGGAGUGGCAUUUAACGCCGGUGAAACGUUGCAGGCAAUUGUUAAAGAGAAAUGUAGAACGGUGUACGGAACACCCACAAUGUACGUGGAUAUGCUGAACGAGCUACGUAAAGGUUCAAUAAGCCUACCACUUUUGGAUGUGGCCACAAUCGGAGCAUCUCCGUGUUCACCAGAGCUACUGGCAAAUAUUCAGAAUGAGUUGGCAGUGAAAAGGAUUGUCAUCGCAUACGGGAUGACGGAAACGGCGGGAACGAUCUUCAUGAGCGAUCGCGAGGAUGAUACUGAUAUUGCUAUGGGUUCGGUUGGUCGGUUGAACGAUCAUUACGAGGCAAAAGUGGUUGAUUGGAACGGGGACACCGUUCCGUUCGGGAUGGCUGGUGAACUCUGUGUGAGAGGUUACGGAACCAUGCUGGGAUUUUGGGGUGACGAAGACAAGACGAAGGAAGUGUUGGAUCGCGAUCGUUGGUAUAAGACUGGAGACCAGUUUGUACUACGACCUGAUGGGUACGGCAAUGUGGUUGGUCGUUUGAAAGAGGUCAUCAUUCGAGGAGGCGAAAACAUCUAUCCACGGGAGAUUGAAGAUUUGCUGAACACCCAUCCAGACAUCAUUGAAUCAUACUGCAUUGGAGUUCCGGAUGAGCGACUUGGGGAGGAAGUUUGCGCUUAUGUCAGGGUGAAGGACUCUGCGAGCAAUACAGAGCUGAGCGUGGCUGAAGUUAAACAGUUCUGCAAAGAAAAAAUAGCCCAUUUUAAGGUUCCAAAGCACUUACGUGUGGUCGAUCAGUUCCCGAAAACAGCUUCUGGAAAGAUUCAAAAGUUUCAACUGCUAGCAAUGUAUAACAAAGAAAAUAAAUAGACCCAUAACAAUG